UUAGUCAUGAACCCAGCCCGCUGACCUUGACAGGUAUAAGAUUGCCUGUCGCACUAAGAAUGUAACGCCCGUGCAAAGACCCUAAAACGAGCCGUAGUACUCCUCGAAUUCAUCCUCAGGUUCAGCGGCCGCCCCCCUACCGGCCUUCGGCUUCAGAACGUCGGUGAUGCUGACCAGCUUGGAGUAAAAGUCGAUGACCCGGGGGUGGACCAUGACCCUGCGGGCGUCGAACCGUGUAACCUGCAGGCCCGCCUUGGAGGUUGCGCGACUCAGCGCGACGUACGCCUGGCCCUUCUCGAACACCUUGCCCAGAUCGACCUUGACGCGCUGCAGGGUCUGGCCCUGCGCCUUGUGGAUGGACAGCGCCCAGGCCAGGAUCAGCGGCACCUGCUGGCGCUGCGCCUGCACCUCGCCGUUGGGGAGCUCGAUCUUCCACGUCUCGGGCUGGCAGAGCAGAUGCCGCUCCGUGCCGUCGGGCUGCACGAAGCACACCAGUGGCCACUUGCGCGUCGUCACGGCGGCGCCCGCGCCGACGGCGGCCGCACCCCCGUCCUUGUGGGCGAGCGGCUUGAGCUUCUUGCGGGCCCGCGCCAACCUCGCGUUGUCGUCGUCGUCAAAGUUAUUGUCGCCCUCCUCGCCAUCAGGUUUGUUGCCCCCCGAGAAUUCGUUCUCGUUCUCAAUGUAGUAGUCGAAGGUCGCCUCGUCCAUGAACGCGACCACCCGCCCGAUCGAUCCGUUCACCAGCGUGUCCUCCAUGUUCUUGAUCAACAUCACCUGCGCCCCCUUCUUCAGGUGGAUCACCGGCGGCGCCAUGCAGUUGGAGAGGAGCUUCUCGCGGAACUGCGGGUCUUGGAUCGUCCCCGAGUCCUGCGCGGUGAAGGUCAUCACUUCGCCCGAGAGUCGGUUCAUGCGCGCACUGUUCGCGUGGUCGACUUCUUGGCGGGUGGGGAAUCUAGCCAGCUGUCAA